AUGGACACUCUCACCAAGAAGACUAUCACCACGAAGCGUGGCUUUGAGUAUACGUACUAUGUCUCCCCCGCCGCAGCUGGGAAGCCAACCCUGGCCCUGCACCACGGUUUCCCCGACCAGGCCGAAGAGUGGGAGGACCUCAUCGUCAACCAUCUCAAGCCGGCCGGAUACGGCGUCAUAGCUCCGGACCUGCUCGGAUACGGCGGUACUUCAAAGCCGACCGAUCCGGAGGCCUACAAGUUUGGCGGUAUGACCGCCGAUGUUGUGGAGAUAAUCGACGCUGAGAAGGUCGACAAGGUUAUCUCCUUGGGCCACGACUGGGGCUCUCGCGCCGCUCAAAUGCUCUACAACUUACAUCCCGAGCGGGUUUCGGGUCUUGUCAUGGUCAACGUUCCUUGGAUGGGCGCGACAAAGGGUCCAAUGGAUCUUGAUGCGCUCUUGGCGCAAGCGCAACAGGUUUUUGGAUACGGCACGUUCUGGUAUUGGAAGCUUUUCACUGCAGACGACGGAGCGAAGGUGCUCAACGAGAACCCAGAUAUCCUCUUCGAUAUUGCACACGCGCCUGAGUCAUGGAUGGCGACAUUCUGCACCGAGAACGGUAUGCGCAAGGCGUUGGAGAAUAGAGGCGAGGGAUUCGACAUCAAACGGCGAGCGUACGCUACCGAAGAGACGAAGAAGGCGUUCAUCGAGAGAUUCAAGCGGGACGGUUUCGAUGGCCCGGUGUGCUGGUACAAAAGUCACGUAUUCGGCCAACAGAGCGAAGAGGCCAACCCCGAUAACCAGGUCGUGAAUGUCCCAUCGCUUUUCCUAGGGUAUGAAGAAGACGUGGUCUGCAGGAAGGAGGGCAUAUUGCCUUUUAUCCAGGCGGGCGCGCUACCGCAACUGACUAACGUUACCCUGAACGGUGGUCAUUGGGGGUUGCUGGAAUUCCCAAAAGAGUUUGGAGAGAAUGUUACCCAGUGGCUUCAGAAGAACUAUGGGUCCUAG